AGAAGAAAAAUGGGCAGGAAAGACGCUUCAGCGACAAGAGUACCAGUCGAUCAAUAUCGUAAACAGAUAGGAAGACAAGACUACAAGAAAAACAAGCCUGUAUUAAAAGCAGCAAGACUAAAAGCAGAAGCCAAGAAAUCAGCAAUAGGGAUUAAGGAGGUGUUCCUUGUGGUUGUAGCCAUUCUGGUCUUUCUUCUGGCCUUUUAUGCCUUCUUUUACCUUAAAUUAACUCAGCCUGUGGAACCCAGAGAAGAUUAUGAGGACUAAAGAAUGAGAUAUGAGAACAUCGAUUUUGUCAUAGAGGACUCAAACAAAGUGAAUAAAUACACCACACAGUAAAGAGUUACUGUAUCUACACAUUCCAGUACUAAGA